AUGAAUGAUCACAUCCCUUCAGGACAGCUCGUCUUGUUGCAAGAUCUGGCAGACAAUCCUGAAGCUUACAAUCAAACAUCCAUUCGAGCUACAGGAUUAUUACGCAGCUAUCGUCCUGAAUGCAAUGAAGCCAUCAUUGAACACGAAGGAUCCAUUUUACGGUUAAUGACCGAUCUCAUUAUACCUUUUCCCUUUGAAACUAAUGCACUCAUUCAAUGCAUUGGCGAGGUUCAUCUUGAGGAGUCCAAUCAAGAACUCGUUUUGCGACCACGGAUUGUACGCAAUGUUGAUACAUUGGAUAUGAAACUGUAUAAAGAGCGAAUACAGUUAAGCCGAAAACUUAAUAUUUAA